AUGGAUAUGGAAGAAAAGGUGAAGGGUUCUCAUUUACGAGGAGAGACAUACACAGUUUCCCAAGAUGGUUUGUGUCCACGCUGUGGGAAUUCAAACAGACUUUAUGUAAUCUUGGACAAGUAAGUGUUUGUGAGUCUGUCAAGGCUGUUUUUCACUCUGUUAGAUUUGAUUCUCACUUAACCCUGUAAUCCCCAAUGUCCACAAACAUACAAAUUCUCCAGACUGUUCUUUAUACAUUUUCUUAGAGAAUUAGUCGGCAGAAUUUGAAAAACAAUCAGGGCUUUUCCCCUUUGGUGCUGCACGGUUAGCUCAGUUGGGAGAGUGUAGGCAUAUGCCGGUCUGCAGAGCAGGAGGUCGUGGAUUCAAACCCCUGCCAGACCAACACUCAGGGUCUUUAAAAUAACUGAGGAGAAAGUGCUGCCUUUGCAAUGACAUCUGCAAACGGUUAGACUUUCUAGCCUUCUCGGAUAAGGACGAAAAACCGUAGGUCCCUUCUCACAGCACUUUCAUUUACCUGGCUCUUAAGGGACGUAAAAGAACCCACACCACUCUCCAAAAAGAGUAGGGGACGUAGACCCCAGUGGUGUGGCCAACCUCUUCUGGGCUGGGUGGGUUAUCUGCAAGGACACACAUAAACUGGAGCAGUGCUCUGUUGUGUGUUUGACACCGUAUGGUGGAAGUGAUUAAAUAUAUAAAUAAAUAAAUCAUAUAACCAGUUCUCAUAACCUUUUCCCUUGAUUAUAUACUGAUUUUGUGUGGAGAAAAUUGAUGUUGGUCACUCGUGGGACUAAAGGGUUAAUUUAAAUAUUAUUACAGAUUAUUCCCCAUGGGCGAUAUGCCGGAAAUUCUUCACAGUCUCAUAGCCAAAGGAAGAGCAAUCCUUUGGUCAAGUCAAGAGAGAGAAGGCUACAAGGUGAGACUUGCAUUUGAAUGUUCAACUUUGGCUGAUAGCUCCAACCUGAGAACUGGUGCUGUCAGUGCUCGAAUGUAUGAUAGAUAAUUUCCUUAAUAAACUCACAUGAAGGUCUACAGCUGAGCAGGAGAUAUCUUAAAGCUUAAUUUGUUGACUUAAACUGCAGUGUACUUAUUUUUUUUCUGACUGCAAGGCAGAUUUUGUCCUUUAACUCUGCCUCAUUGUUCAAGGCCUUUACAGCUCCAUUUUUGUUAACAGGCAUUGACCUUGCAGAGUUUUCUCCAAAAUAGUGUUAAAGGGUAUAUUAAAGCCAAGAGGAUGGCCCCUAACUUGUGGUGCACAAAAUGCUAUGAGCCAAACAAAGUAGAAGUUGAUAUUUGAGCAAAUUUUCCUACAGAAAAUGUGAGUCGUCAUAUUCAAAAUAUGAUGAGAUGAUUAAAAGCAGUGUAUAUGUUGAAGGGCAAAACUUAAAUUUUGUCGUCAGCCAUUACACCAGAAUUCUUUUGUCUUCUAUGAGUAAGGAUACAAAAUUGAUAAAACUCUGCAUCAAACUAGGUUUAAUACUGAUUUAAUACUGAAAAUUGUGCUUUAGGGGUUUUUCACGUUUUCUGGGUUCUUGUUGAUACAGUUGGUUACUGCACGUGGAUAACCACCAGAGCGUUUGGGCUGAAGGCCCUUGUUUUUUGUUCUGAGUCAAGGAGCUCUCAUUUAAGAUACUGUAUUUGUUUCCUUUCUGUUAACCUAAUUUAUACCUAUACAGGACCCACCCACAUUUCUGUGUCGCGGAUUUUGUCCUCCUGACCCACUGGGUGCAGGGUUUAAUGUUAACUGGGACAAUGUAUCAGUGUACAAAAUCCUGGAGUCUCUGGAUCGGCCUUUACAGGUAUCAAUCACACCAGAUAUAAUAAUUAUUAACCAGUCUAUUGUGCAGGUUAUUUCCAUGAUAAUUGUAAUCCUGUUUUUUCUCACUACCAUAACUAAAACAUUGCUUUUUAUAAAAUUUUCUGUUUCUCCUAAUGCUGUGACACAGUUGCAUCCGAGCAAAAUCUUUUUACCUUGUUUAUUAAGUGUUCGGCUAAAGCUCAUUGCAAAUGAUUAACCUCUGUAGUCAAUUAGGCAUUGUUUCAAAGUUUGGAAUGAAACAGGGCGAUCUCCUCAAGCGCUUGGUUCUUUAUCAAUCACUUUGAUGGAAUAGACGAUCAAACAUGAUAUCUUUCUUGCAUUAUUUUACUCUAAGAAGGCAAUUAAUCCUGUAUCAAGCCCUCAAGGAACUCAAACUCAAGGUUAGUACUGUAUUAUUUUUUGUCCUAUUCUUGUAUCUACACUUUUUUAGACAUUUUUAUCCCUUUUUCUCAGUGGUAUGUGUCUCACAUUUGUGAUUUGUGAAUUUGUGUAAAUGUUGUGCAUGACAUUAUUUUUACAUGACUGAAAUUUAUCAACUGAUCAGUUUAGUAUGGAAUGUUUUUUACACUUAUUUGAGUCUAUUUAUUGAUGAGAAUUUUGCUUUUCUCCUCAUGAUACAAAGGUGGUGAACAUUCUAGCCAAGAUGAAUCGUCAGACAAUCCGUUUGUUGUCUUAGAUGAUUUUCAAGGCAGUGAAAGUGAAGUCGAAAGAAACAUGUCCGACACUUCAGCAGUAGUUCAAAGUAUGUAUGUAAAUUAGUUGCAUUUUGAUUCUCUUUUGGUUUCAUUUUUGUUUAUUUUGCUUUUAGUGUAUGAUGCUUUGUUAUUACUAAUGUUACUGGUGUGUUCUGUUUAAGCUGUACUAAAGCAUUCCAUUCCUUUCUUAGGUAACAAAAUUAUAGAAAUUCAGCUGUAAGUGGUUAAAUGCAAGUAGCUUCAUAAUAAUAACACUUUCCCUCUUAUUAGGUUCGUCCGACAAAGAAGAAGAAAAUGAUGAAGAGGAUGAUGAUGAUGAUGAACUUGAUGAGGAAGAGCUAAUCAAGCAAAUGCUUGCUAAAGAACAACAAAAACUUUCCCAAGAAAACAGUGAUGAUGAAAAUGCCGUAGCUGAUGAUGGUGAUGAUGAUGAGGAGGAUGGCAAGGGUGAUGAUGGUGCAGGCAAGAGUGUUUCUGAGGCUGCAACAGACUCUGAACAUUUUUCAGAACAAACUCUUUCUUCUAGUAAUGUAGCUAGCUCAGUGGCAUCUACAACAACCUCAACAGUUAAGAGGUCAUCAUCUUCAACCAGUAGCACAUCGGCAUCGUCAACUGCAAGUCAGUACCCUGUGUCAUCCACUGGUCGUUGCCCAUACUGUGGCUCACCAGAUGUGAAAUACAUUAUCGUGGUUUCAGAAAACACAAAAGACUCUGAGUUGCCGCAGAGUCUUCAGCAACUGCUUACGGGCAAUCAUGCUUUUAAAAUGGCCAAAGGUGAGGUGCAUUGGGAAGAAAAACAAAAGGGAGAAGUGUAUUCUUAUGCAUGCAUCUUAAUGACACUUGAUCUAGUGGCUGUUAGACCUCACCUUCUAGUCUUGGGGUACUUACCAUAUUUACAUGGGAGAACCAGAAAUUCUGGUUGAAAAAUCAAAUGGCUUGCACCAUUCCAUGUGGGAAACUCUCAGAAGAGGCGAUGCAAUUUUUCUACUCUCUUAAGUUUGUUUAGCUGAUUUGGAUAUACUUUGUAGUGGGUUGUUCUCCCAACGCGUCAGAUUUUGUAGUGUUAUUUUUAUGAACAAGAUUUCCACUGUGAUAGUUUGUGUAAAUGGUAAGCACCCUUGGUUUAUCAUAGAGGCUCUGUUAAGUCCUGGGCGAGGAUGGGAGGUACAUAUUUCAGGCCCUAAAAGACAGGCUGUCUAGAGAUUGGCCUGCUAGAAAAAUCAAAUUUAUAGUUAAUUUUUUAAACAAUUUUUGUACAAAACACUGGUAAUCCUAAAAUAUGCUGUGAAAUGUAUUCUAUACUUGUGGCCGUUUUGAAUAAAUGGGUUGUUCCAGAAAAAAUCCACACCCCCCCGACGGAUGGGAUUCUGGAAAUUCUCGCGGGAGGGGGGGUCGAAGACUCCGGAAAUCCAGGCGGGAGGGGGGGUUGACCUUAAAAAAGUCUUCUGCAGGGGUCAUUUCGACCGAUAGUUGAUACAAAUCAAACGUUUAGUUCGAUGACACUUAAGCGCUUUCAGACCCUGAAAAUAGUCAAAAUGUUUUGUUCAUAUAUUUCUCACCUGACAUAAAUGAUAAUCUAAGUUGCUUUACAGGUCCUUUUAUAGCAGAAAACGCGAACAAGAUACUAAAGAACGGGCCUGAAGGAACUCGUCGCAAGCGUUGUUGUCACUUAAGAGCGUCAAAGCCUGACACAUUUCUACUGCGUACCCAGAGCCGCCAAGAGCUUAAGAGUGAUUUUUAUAAGCUAAGAAAUUAUGUAAACACUCGUUCAGGUGUCGAUUCGCAUUUUUGUUUUUUGCUCCUUUCGUUUUUUUAGUUCCCGCGAUAGAAUUCUUAGUUUAAUAUAAGCUGAAGCUUUAGAAAUUAAAACAAAAACAUUUAGACGUGUUUGUGUGUAUUUUCCAUUAAAAAGAAAUUAAAUUUAAGCCUUUUUUUUUUUUCCCGGAAAUCCAGGCGGGAGGGGGUCUUCCACCUUGGAAAUCCAGUUGGGAGGGGGGGUCUUGUGCUUCAGGAAAUCCAGGUGAGAGGGGGGGUUAAAAAAGGACCCCAUCCGUCGGGGGGGUGUGGAUUUUUUCUGGAAUAACCCAAUGAAUGACUGAUCCACCAACUGGAAUGAUGGCUUUGGCUUAGAACAGAAUCUGGGACUUGAGGUACAAACUGAUAAACCCUGAUGCCACACAGAGGUCAGCAGUGUUUAGGCCUUUGGAAAGUUGAGAAAAAAUUCUUUCCUCUUAACGUCUUGUCUCUUAUUAAGACCAGUUAUUUUCUUGUAUAGUUUAAUCAAAUGUUGGGAUUUUUUUACUGGUAAUAUUUAUUUUGUAUUUGCAAUAACUUAAAAUUUUUACAUUUUCCUAAACUAGUUUUGAGAAUAUAUGAAUGUGGAAGCUCUCUAAAGAAUUGAAUCUUAAUAGUGUCUGCAUUUGAGUUACUAUUAUUUGUGGCAUGGAUGGAAAGAGCUAGGGCUUAAAAUGUGCCAUUCGCUGACGAAGGCUUGAUUCGAUAAAGAAUAAUAAUAAUAAUAAUAAUGCUUGAAAUAAACUGGCCACUUUACAUUGCAUGGCUUUUAUAUGAUACUUGAAGUUUGUACUCAGAAACAUUGUCUUGAAAAUAAGAGAAACCACUUUAAAAGUACACACAGGUAGUUUUCCUUUUUGAAGACCCCACCGUAGUGUUGUUUAUGAGGACUUAUCAAAUUGUCAGAAAAAAUAAAUAAAUCUAAGGCUUGAGACUUCAUGUAACUUCUCAUUUUGUCUGGUAAGAGUUUUAAUUUGAAAAACCCAGGUGCAUGUUGAUUUGCCAGACUUGGUAUAAAUGACUUGUGUGAUUUCUGUUGAGAAAUAAGUCUUUUAGACUCAAAAACACAAAUCAAUCAGUUUUGUAUUUUGAAAGAUCCUAUUCCAAUUUUUCAAGCUCACAUUUUGCCCCUGUUUUCUAAAUUGGUUUUACCUUUCACCAGAGACAUCAACCAUUUGGUUUAUCCCCCCUUAUUGAGUACUCCACAAUGUCCACUAUCCAAAAGGUAGCAAAAACACACUAGUCAAUACUGCACAAUACCAGUGUAUAUCCCCCUGACCACUGUUGAUCAUGAGCUUUGAAACACUUCUCUUAAUGGUUGCAUUCAACUUUAUGUUACACGUACUACGCUGAAGUUAAAUCAGGGUCAUAUGUUAUUUGUCUGAUUCAUGAAUCAAUUAGAAUGAAAUCUGGUCCAUCAGUUUGAGAUGAAUCCGAAAUGAUCAUAUAGAGGAUCGGUGCAAGCAAAUUCUAAUAAUUUCUUUACCAGCAAUUACCCACUCAUUCUUUGGGAUUUUUUUUUUUUAUGGCCAAUAACUUAUAAAAUCAGCCGCUGACUUGGGUUGUCGUCACUACUCCACCAUCUUCGUCUAUGCUAUUUCAAGUUUAGCCAUUCCAAAGAUGGUCUGAGGACAAAGAAGAAAUCAAAUGAAUCUGCUGUUUUGGCGUUUUUUCCAUCGGUUUUUUAUAUUUUGUUAUUGCAUUUCUAAUAAGAACCUAACAAGAUACUGAAGACAGAGGAUGUAGACAUCAUUACAACACCAGAUAAACUAAACUCUUUUAAAAACUCAAGAAGAAUGUUGGAGAACUUUGAUGUUUAAAUGAUUUAUUACUAUUUUUUUCUAACAAUUUAUUGUUAUUGUGAACUGUAAUAAUUUUCAAAUAUUUUUAUUGUUUUAAUUUUUCAGUCUUGGUGAUGAUGAUUUAAGCAGUUGUUUUUGUUAUGGUUGUUAUUGGAUGAUCAGCUUCAAUACCAGGUCUAAUUUGCUUUUUAUUUGUUGCAUUUUAGGUGACAGUGAGCCUCCAUCCUUUCAGUGCCAGAAAUGCCAAUAUGGCUUCAACCUGAACUGGUCCAUGACAAACCUUGAAAUGAUUUUUGGACUAUCGUCUACUACUACAUCAGCUGCCACAAGUGCAGCUACGCCCUAUAAAUCAACACCCACUACUGCAUUCCAGACACCUCAUGCACCAUACAUACCACCUGCUGUUUACUCACCCUACCACCGGCCAAGUGUUCCACCACCAGGGUACCCUCCCCCUGUGAGUGUACCUCCCCCUAUGCCACCAGUGCCUCAUCUUGGGUAAGUUAAAGGAUGCCUGCCAAAGUUAUGCCAGUCCGAUACUAAAGCAGACAAAUACUCAAAGGCUGAUAUAGUUGAACUUCUCUACAAUGGCCACCUUGGGGACAGAAGAAAGUGGCCAUUGUAGAGAGGUUGAAACAAAAGUGAAUGUAUGGGCUGUCCGCCCAAAAAAAUGGCGGUUGUAGCGAGGUGGCUGCAUUUCAAGUGCUACUUUUGUUGUCUUCACACGCCCUGUGAUACAGCAUUGCUGUUUUCUUCAGAAAGUAACUCUUUGUUGAUUCAUUAUUAUACUGUAAUAUAAAAAGGUUUGUCACAACCUUUGCCAUUUUGUCUCUUUCUUAGGUAAUUUGUUUAUUUAGACACAUUUGAUAUCUUUCUGAAAGAGUGUUGGUGAUUUUUAAGGCUUUUCUGUUAUGGUUUCCUGCUGCCCUUGCGCACUUAGCGAGAUUAUCUGUCUUGAAAAUUAUUCAGUAGGCUCAUCUGCUAAGGGCAGUCACCUACAUCCCGGCAGUUAUUCACAGACACAUUGCCAGAUUAUAUGUUAUUAUGUACUAGAGUUGAAACUUUUGUGAACAUACUGAUUUUUAUUGAACAUAAGCAAGUCUGUGUUACAAGUAGCUGUGCUCUGGGUUUAUACCAAUUUGUAAUUUCUCCUUUUUUUCUUUUCUUAACAGCUUUCUACCUACCUACCCUGGUUAUUAUGGUUCAUAUUAUCCUCCCACUCCAUUCCCACCACCCAUAGGUUCUUAUCCUCCCUAUACACCACCUACCAUACCACCCCCUGGAUUACCAUAUGCUAGGAUACCUCCCCCAGUUAUUCCCCCACCUGGUAUACCACCUCCUGGGGUAGUUCCACUUGCAAUACCACCCCCUAGGAUACCACCCCCAGGUAUUCCUCCACCUGGUAUACCUCCUCUCCGUAUGCCUACCCUUGGACUGCCACCUCCUGGAAUACCACCCCCAGCGAUACCACGUCCUGCCUUACCACCCCCUCGGGUACCACCCGUUUACCCCGCUCCAGCUGUUUCUUCUAUUCCCCCACCAACAUCACCUGUUAUGAGUAACUAUGCUCAAUCUCAGUCUAUGCCCCAAGUCAAUUCACGUUACCCUCCUACUUCUGCCAGUGGCUAUCGUCCCCCUCCUGCUAGACUUCCAUCUUACCCAGCCCAACAGCAUGUCCGACCCCAAAGGCCGGGGGUGCCUCGGUCAUGGUACCAAGCUCUUGGGUAUUCAGCAGCCACAGCGGCAGCAACAGCACAGCAAAACGUAGCCACCGGGCAGGAAGCUGCCGGAGAUGUUGUCAAUGAUGUAGCAGCUGCUCGAUUUGAGAUGGUGUUGAAUCAGAUUGACAGAGCCAAAGCUCGAGUUCGUAAUGAGAAGGACAAGAUGAUAGAGUUUCAGAAAGCAGUUGAGCAGUUAAACGAGGAACCCAACGCACUGACAGACGAAGGACAAAAGAUGCCAGAGUUUGAGGAAAAACCGCCGGGAGAUGAGGAUAUAGGUUUGUUAUUUCCUCAUGCACCAUGUCUACUUGAAAAAUGACAGGACUUUAGUUUUGAGUUAGAAAGGCGUAAUUUUAUAUGUCGCUUUUACCGUCACUAUACAACAAAAACAAAACAAUUUCAUAAAGUAAUUUGUGAAAGUCUAAGCGAACCUUUUCCGUUUUCGUUGUUUUCGCCUUAUCCUUGAUCCUUGAUCUUCCAUUUUCUGGGAUUUCUUAACAGAACUGACUUUUUGUAUUUUUAUAUCUAUUUUUAUAUAUUUCAUCGUUUUUUUAGGAUGCUUUUAAGAGCACGAAAGUUGAGAACAGAUCAUCUAUUGCUGGCAGGGAGAUUUGUAUUACGUCCCCUAAACAAAUUAAUUUCUUUUUCUUCUUCAGUGUUUGGCUCUAGUGAAGUUAUUAGUGAGUCUUCGGCACUUGAGAAAGACGCUGAACUGCCAUUAAACUCAUCCGUUUCAGAAAACUCAGCUUCCCUGUCGGUAGUGGAUCCCUCCGGUUUCACCGAACAAACAGACGCGUUUAUCAGGGAAAAUGAUGCUAUAGAGCGUGACAUCGAGUCAUUGCCCCGUGACAGUGUUACAACAACUGCCAAUGAUGCCGUGAUGCGUGACCUUUCUGACGACAGUGAGACUGUAGCUGUCACAAGUAAUAUUACAGGAAAAGCUGUCACUGAUGCGGGCGAAGAAGUAAUCAAAGACAGUACCACUGAAGAUGAACCAGAAACACUGAAAACAACAACCAGGGCGGCUCCAACCCGACGAGGUCGCUCUGGACGCUCUACAAGACAAGAGAAGUUAUCAAGUCCACCUACCGCAGUUCCCACUCGGCAGACAAGGCGAUCGCGGAGAUCUGAACCCAUCGGCACCGAUACUACAGAGGAUGCACAUUCAACUAGUUUUGAAGAGGAAAUUAUGCCAGUUACUGGGAAGACCAGAAAGUCCCGCAUGACAAAACCAGUCAGUGAAAAACAAAAUAGGCUGGGCAUGAGAAACGACAAUCAGGAAAGCAUGCAAGGUGGAGUGGAUACGAGUGACACUGACAUAGGCGAGUCGUCAGAUGUGUUAAGCCAAAGCAGUAGCGUUGUUCCGCAGACCGAAAGUGACUCCGUGCCUCCAGGUCCUAGUGAUUCACUUCCAUCCUCUUCCGAAACAGAAACUGCUGAUGUUGAUGUUGCACGACAACAGCCGAGGAGACAAACACGGGGUAGAAAGAGAAUGCCAGUUGCAACCAUUGCUGAACCAUCCCUCAAGAAAGCUCGACAACAAGCGGCAGAAGAGGAAGAACACAAUAAAGACAAAGAGUCCGGCGUUGGAGGUGGUUUAGUAGACAAUCCACCUAUUGUUACCGCGGAGGGAGACGUGGAGAUGGCCGAUGUACGUGCUGCAGAAGAGGAAUCCCCAAGGCUUCCAUCUAGCCAAGAGAUUGAAAACGUUGCGAUGGAUACGGGCAAGGAAGAGCUAACGGAACUAAGUGAAGGGGUUGAAUCUGGAGAAGUCACACAGGAACGUAAAAAGCAGCCUGCUAAGACGCAGACUAAGCGUCAAACACGUAAGUCUGCAGUGCAACCACCACAAGAACCAGAAGUGCUUCCAGCGAAGGAAAGUUUGGUUAGUCCGCCAACUGAGGGCACGGCACACGAGUGUGAAGUAUCAACAGCCGAGCUAUCUUCGACUUAUCGACGUACUCGCAAAUCAACCCCGCAAAAUGUUACUCCGGAGACAGCAAAGGGCGCCAGCAAUCGGCGAACAAGAAAGUCUGCGCAACUGGCUUUUUCGGAGCCUGAUACAUCAGAUAUCGAACAAGGUACAGACAAUGUUAAAACACAAUUGAGUAACUCAUACGAAGGCGGAAUAAAUAUAUCCGAGGAUAUUCAAGAAGAAGAGGAAGAGAUAAAACCACCUUCCCCUCCUCAACAGAGGGAUGAAAAGCCUACUCGCCGUACAAGACAGAGUCGCAAUUUGCCGAUACAAAACGAAGAUGUCCCAUAUCCCCAAACAAAUGAUGCUGACUCUUCAGCUGUUGAGGAAGACCCGCAUACACCUCGCACGCGUAAAACUCGGAGGUCGUUGGUCGCAAACGAAGACAGUGCAAACGUAGAUGUUCAGGUUCCAGUGGAAUCCGACAUGCCAGAAGAAAAUGUUUCUUCUCGGCGGCCACGUAGAAUAAAAUCUAAGCAAGCAUUGAAAGGAAGCACUGAUUUGUCGCAGGAGUCAGAUGAGAUGACAGCCGAAGGUGAUGUCGAGGAAAAACCUACUGCGGCUGCUCCUCAAAGGAAGCUCUCGAAGAAAAUGACGUCAGUACAGUCCCCAGAAACUGUCACAAAAAGAGUUACUAGAGCGCAACAGAAAAAGUAGACUUUGUGUACUGUGGUUUUUAAAGACUGGCUGAUUUAGUUUUACGAGCUCAGUUGGGUGAUAAAUGGCCUCGCAGACUUAGAGGGAGCUAAUCGAAGUGAGUUAUUAGGGAGCUUAAGCAAAGCCGUUUUUGAGCGACGGACGGUAAUCGGAUGUGAGGCUUUUUCCCUUUCAGUAGAUGUGGAUGCUGACAACUUUAUAUUGCUAAGUUUCUUUUCAUGUAUACAGGCGAUUUUCCCGGAAAUGUGGACAAAACAACCGCCUAAAAAUGCGUAAGUUCAAUUUCAGUUGCCGUCCAUCGCUCAAAAACACCUUUGCUUAACGCCUUUCCCAAUCCAAAAUCGUUGCAGUCCGGGAGCUUCGGACCAGUUCCAAAAGCCUUCUGUUUGAAUAUUUCGUCCUGAUUAGCUACUCCUGGUUAUGCGAGGAUAUUUAGCCAUUGUGAAUCGAUUCUGUUAAGAAUCAUAUUCACUUUCCUUGCUAUUCGCACUUGAGACGUUUGUCAAACGAGUUCGAUGGAGGGGAAAUCGGUCUGCUACUACAGGGGAACCUCUAUAUAACGAACGAUUUUCUUUACCCCAGCAAUAGCAGAAUAUAUGAAAAAGAACCUCGAUAUAACAAAAUCUAGUUGUUGCCAGCAAAUUUUUCCAGUCCCUUGACCCUUCGUUAUAUGGAGGUUCCACUGCACAGUUGCUUGCAGCAUCUAUGUCUUUGAUUCUACAGUCAACUCUCUCUAAGACUGACGCCUUUGGGACCAGUAGUAAGAGUCGAUUGAAGAGUGAUGUCCGUGUUAUACAAAGUAAAAUAAAUGGAGUAAAGAAAGGCGGGGAUAAAGUCUAGGUGUCCGUUUUAUCGACGUAUCCUUCUUACAGAGGUGUCCGUUAAGAGAGAGUGGACUGUGCCGCUUAAGAGCACCAUCAAGACCAGAAAAUACGGCUGUCGUGAAAAGGUUUUAUAUUUAGGUGUACGAACAGCCUGCUAGCAAGCUCUCUAGGGCGCCCCGCCGCCAGAACGCCCCGGAGAGCUUGCUAGCAGGCUAUUGUACGAACAUAAUUUUUUUCCUUUUCGAUCGACCACCCUUCAUCCAUCGUAGGAACGGUCAGAAAGACGUUUUGUUAAGUUGUGUAAAAUGGUUUUGUGUACAUACGUUGACGCAGUAUUGCAAUACUUAAUAUAUCAACUAAAACAGAAAGAUGUGGACUUGCUGGAAGUUCUUAUUC